AUGCCUGUGGUCAGUGUCCAAAAAGUGCCCAGCAUCUACUUGGAAGAGGAAUGUUGGCUUAACAUGCAGGAAAGAGGCGUGACUGUCAAGCCCUACUGCCUUACAGGGACACUGACAAACUUCAUCCAGAAAGGCAGAGUGUGGGUUCCAGGAGCAGGUUUGCCCAGCUGCGUGUUGGAAGCUUUUGCUCAGUCCCUUUUAAGACAAGGGAUGAGGAAACAGUUCAAAUACACAUCUAGACCACUCAACAAGUCCGUGUUGCAGAAAGGUCCUUAG